GCUCGCUCCUGCGCGCGCGCUCUCCCGGGCCCAAGUGAAUAGUCCUUGCGCGAGCGGGACACGGUGGUGGAUGCAAUUCCGCUCGCCUUCAGCCGCUAGGAGCUCCCUGGCGCCGCAGGCAGCGUCCUCCUCCGAAGCAGCUGCGCCGGCACCUGGGCAGCCUGGACCUUCGUACCCUGCCCCUGGGGCCUCGCGCGGGGGGCGCCCCGGGACAACCCCUGCGGGUCGGGUGGAGGAGGAAGAGGAGGAGGAAGAAGACGUGGAUCCGAACCCCUACUCUACGCAGAACACCUGGCUGCGCUGCUGCCUCUUCUCUUUGAGGGGGAGGCGGAGAGAGACGCGGAGAGCCAUGAGGGGCUGCGAAGUCCGGGAAUUUUUUUUGCAAUUAGGUUUCUUUUUGCCUCUGCUAACAGCUUGGCCGGGCGACUGCAGUCACGUCUCCAACAACCAAGUUGUUUUGCUUGAUACAACAACUGUGCUGGGAGAGCUAGGAUGGAAAACAUAUCCAUUAAAUGGGUGGGAUGCUAUCACCGAAAUGGAUGAGCACAAUAGGCCCAUUCACACUUACCAGGUAUGCAAUGUAAUGGAACCGAACCAAAACAACUGGCUUCGUACAAACUGGAUCUCCCGUGAUGCAGCUCAGAAAAUUUAUGUGGAAAUGAAAUUCACACUAAGAGAUUGUAACAGCAUUCCAUGGGUCUUGGGGACUUGCAAAGAAACAUUUAAUCUGUAUUAUGUGGAAUCAGAUGAAUCCCAUGGAAUUAAAUUCAAGCCAAACCAAUAUACAAAGAUUGACACAAUUGCUGCUGAUGAAAGUUUUACUCAGAUGGAUUUAGGUGAUCGCAUCCUCAAACUCAACACGGAAAUUCGUGAAGUGGGGCCUAUAGAAAGGAAAGGAUUUUAUCUGGCUUUUCAAGACAUUGGGGCAUGCAUUGCAUUGGUCUCAGUCCGUGUCUUCUACAAAAAGUGCCCCUUCACUGUUCGUAACUUGGCCAUGUUUCCUGACACCAUCCCAAGGGUUGAUUCUUCUUCUUUGGUUGAAGUAAGGGGCUCUUGCGUGAAGAGUGCAGAAGAGCGUGACACUCCUAAACUAUAUUGUGGAGCUGAUGGAGAUUGGCUGGUUCCUCUUGGAAGGUGUAUCUGCAGUACAGGAUAUGAAGAAAUUGAAGGUUCUUGCCACGCUUGCAGACCAGGAUUCUAUAAAGCAUUUGCUGGCAACACAAAGUGUUCCAAAUGCCCUCCACACAGUUUAACCUACAUGGAAGCAACAUCUAUUUGUCAAUGUGAAAAGGGCUAUUUCCGAGCUGAAAAAGACCCGCCUUCCAUGGCAUGUACUAGGCCACCUUCAGCUCCUAGGAAUGUGGUUUUUAACAUCAAUGAAACAGCCCUUAUAUUGGAAUGGAGCCCACCAAGUGACACAGGAGGGAGAAAAGAUCUCACAUACAGUGUAAUCUGUAAGAAAUGUGGCUUAGACACCAGCCAGUGUGAGGACUGUGGUGGAGGACUCCGCUUCAUCCCAAGACAUACUGGCCUGAUCAACAAUUCCGUGAUAGUUCUUGACUUUGUGUCUCACGUGAAUUACACCUUUGAAAUAGAAGCCAUGAAUGGAGUUUCUGAGUUGAGUUUUUCUCCCAAGCCAUUCACAGCUGUUACAGUGACCACGGAUCAAGAUGCACCUUCCCUGAUAGGUAUGGUAAGGAAGGACUGGGCAUCCCAAAAUAGCAUUGCCCUCUCAUGGCAAGCACCUGCUUUUUCCAAUGGAGCCAUUCUGGACUACGAGAUCAAGUACUAUGAGAAAGAGCAUGAGCAGCUCACCUAUUCUUCCACGAGGUCCAAGGCCCCUAGCGUCAUCAUCACAGGUCUCAAGCCGGCCACCAAGUACAUAUUUCAUAUCCGAGUGAGGACAGCAACAGGAUACAGCAGCUACAGUCAGAAGUUUGAAUUUGAAACUGGAGAUGAAACUUCUGACAUGGCGGCGGAGCAGGGGCAGAUUCUCGUGAUAGCCACUGCAGCUGUUGGGGGAUUCACUCUCCUCGUCAUUCUUACUUUGUUCUUCUUAAUCACUGGGAGGUGCCAAUGGUACAUAAAGGCCAAAAUGAAAUCGGAAGAAAAGAGAAGAAACCACUUACAGAAUGGGCACUUACGCUUCCCAGGAAUUAAAACUUACAUAGAUCCAGAUACAUAUGAAGACCCAUCACUAGCAGUCCAUGAAUUUGCAAAGGAGAUUGAUCCCUCAAGAAUUCGCAUCGAGAGAGUCAUUGGGGCAGGAGAAUUUGGAGAAGUCUGUAGUGGGCGCUUGAAGACUCCUGGAAAAAGAGAAAUCCCAGUUGCAAUAAAAACUUUGAAAGGUGGCCACAUGGAUCGGCAAAGAAGAGAUUUUCUAAGAGAAGCUAGUAUCAUGGGUCAAUUUGACCACCCAAAUAUCAUUCGCCUAGAAGGUGUUGUCACAAAAAGAUCCUUCCCGGCCAUUGGGGUGGAGGCGUUUUGCCCCAGCUUCCUGAGGGCGGGGUUUUUAAAUAGCAUCCAGGCUCCGCAUCCAGUACCAGGGGGAGGAACUUUACCCCCCAGGAUUCCUGCUGGCAGGCCAGUAAUGAUUGUGGUGGAAUAUAUGGAGAAUGGAUCCCUAGACUCCUUUCUGCGGAAACAUGAUGGCCACUUCACAGUCAUCCAGUUGGUCGGUAUGCUCCGAGGCAUUGCAUCAGGAAUGAAGUAUCUUUCCGAUAUGGGUUAUGUUCAUCGGGAUCUAGCAGCAAGAAAUAUAUUGGUCAACAGCAACUUAGUUUGCAAAGUUUCUGAUUUUGGUCUCUCCCGGGUGCUGGAAGAUGAUCCAGAAGCUGCUUAUACAACAACUGGUGGGAAAAUCCCCAUACGAUGGACAGCCCCAGAAGCUAUUGCCUACAGGAAAUUCUCUCCGGCAAGUGAUGCAUGGAGCUAUGGCAUUGUCAUGUGGGAGGUCAUGUCCUAUGGAGAGAGACCUUAUUGGGAAAUGUCUAACCAAGAUGUCAUUCUGUCCAUUGAAGAAGGUUACAGACUUCCGGCUCCCAUGGGCUGUCCGGCAUCUCUACACCAGCUGAUGCUCCAUUGCUGGCAGAAGGAGAGAAAUCACAGGCCAAAAUUUACUGACAUUGUCAGCUUCCUUGACAAACUGAUCCGCAAUCCCAGUGCCCUUCACACGCUAGUGGAGGACAUUCUUGUGGUGAACGGUCCUCACAACCAGAGCCCAUCAGCAGAGCUCUCUGACUGUUCUGUGGCUGUAGAAGCAGGCAGAAUGCCAGAGUCCCCAGGGGAGGUUCCUGAGUAUCCUUUGUUUGUCACAGUCGGUGACUGGCUGGAUUCCAUAAAGAUGGGACAGUAUACGAAUAACUUUAUGGCAGCAGGGUUUACAACUUUUGACCUGAUUUCAAGAAUGAGCAUCGAUGAUAUUAGAAGAAUUGGAGUCAUACUCAUUGGACACCAGAGACGGAUAGUCAGCAGUAUACAGACUUUACGUUUACAUAUGAUGCACAUACAGGAGAAAGGAUUUCAUGUAUGAAAGUAUUACAAGAACCAGUGUUUUGUGCCUCAGCAUUUCUAAAAAGAAUGAUAUCCUCUCUCCACUACCCUCUCUUCUGAUUCUCCCACCACUUCAUAAACUGCAGUCUCCUGUGCAGACUGCGGGCACAUGCCUUUUGUUUAUGCUUCCAACCUGGAUUUUAAAAUCAUGCUUCAUAGCUCCUUUCUGGAUAACCUGCAAAUAAAACCCUGGCCCACUGCAGAUUAUCACUCCGCAAUGGUAAAUAACUCAGCAUGGAUGUGUAACUUUGUAUUACAGUACUUAGGAAGUGUUCACUGACUUAACCCAAAGAAAUUUAUCCAGGUCCAGCUUCACUGAUGAUGUAUUUAGAGUUUGAUGGCAGAUGAAAAGGAAAAUGGUCAAUCUUUCAUGUUUUGUGAUGGGGUAGCUUCCAAAUUGACAUGAAUAUUUAUUUUUUAGAGAAUUAUACUCAACUCAAUGGGUUGUAUUCUUUAUCUUUAAAAAGUUUAAUUGUUGAUGCCUGAUAUUAGAAUUAUUUACAGAAAUAACCAAUGAUUUCAUGUAGUGAAUUCUUGCCAGGGGUGACUGUGGUGAGAAGAGAGUUACCAGACAAGAAGAGGAAGAAACGUUUGCGGCUUUUAAGUUUCCUAUGGUUGGGUUUGUUUAUUUUUUAAUUAACUUUAUAGUUUCCUACAUACUUCAUAGCAGAUUGCCACCUGCUUUCCCCUCUAAAUUUUUACUGACGAUAGUAUAUUUGUCUACUGCCUUAUGAAGAUGACCCCUGAAAAUACCAAGAGUGAGCCCAUUGCUCUAAAGGCUUUCAUGGAGUGAAGCACGGGAUAAAAUUAUGGCUAUUCCCUUGGUUUAUCUUCACAAGUUGCAAAAUUAAUUAUCAAAGCACUGAGAAAAUUAGUUUAUCUAAGUAGAAUUGAUUUGAAUAAAAGAUCUAAGAAUCUAGCCUUAGAUUUCAAUGUAAAAAGGUUAAUUAACUUGAACAAUUUUAUGAUAGCUAUAUGGUAGCCCAAAGAAAUAAACACAUCUAGAUGACUGAUAUUUGUGCACUUUACAAGUUAAAGAAAUUUUUAUGUUCUGUUCAUAAAAAUAAGUUACAUAAACAUAAUGAGCUGUUUUCCAAAUCUUCCAAGGGACAAGUAUGCCAUUGCAUUCUCCAAAGAGGAUAUAAAAGAUCUAACACAGGAGCAUAUAUAACUUGUGUAUCAACCUGGGUCCAUAAUAUAGUGACAUAAAAAUGUGAACACAGUUAAAGCAUGGUGUUGUCAUAAUCUUUCCAGAGGCUGAAAAAAAAAGGCAAAUAUAUUUUUCCGUGAAUUAAGCUAAGUAAGCUUAACAGAAGUUUAUGCUUUCUUACAAGCCCAUUCAAUUAUAAAAUCAGUUGUUCCACAUGAAACAAAAAAAAUGACUACUGUUCUAACUGGACGAGUAGGGAGACUGUGUUAAGAGAAAAAAAGAGCAGGUUGUCUAAAGAUGCCUAUUUAAUAAACCGGUUUUUAUUUGAUCUAAGAGAUAAAAGUGCCCUACCCACAUUCUCAAAUACCUACCAAAAUUGCAUUAUUUGGUAAUAAUAGCUUUCUUGCUAUUAAAGGAGCUUCACUUUUUCUUUUUUUCUUAUUUUAAGAUUUGUUGAUUGUCCCAUUAGACAAGAACUGUCCACAUAUUUUUUGUUGUUGAUUUAUCUCCUGAAUUUCUGCCAGCACAGCUUAUUUUUUCUCAUUCCGAAAAAGAACAUCUAUGGAGAUAGAAGAAAGAGUCUUUAGAGUAUUCCUUAAAAUAUACUAAAAAUGGAAAAUCCAUUAUUUUUUAAGUAAGUGUGUCAGAAAUAGCUAGCAACAUUUUCCAGCCAUCACCUGCAUGGCCAUGCAUCACUCCUACACUAUCUGCAGUUUGCUUGAUACAUUUACAAAAAUCUGAAUACAUUUAGAGGAAAUACAAAUUUUCCAUAUUUACCUGUCCUCAAAUAUAUGUUAAAUAAGAACUAAUGUAAAACAGAUUAAAUUUAUUAAUCAUAUAGAUUUAUUUUUAUAAUACAACAAAAAAGGUAUUUAGAAAAAUAAGGAAUAGAAUAAUUAUGGUCUUCCAUAGGACUCUGUCAGCAACAUCUGUAUACUUUGAAGAAAUCAAUUCUAUAAGGUAUUUAAACUUAUAUGGGAUGGGCAUUCAGUGCUUACAAGAUUAAAGUUCUCUGUUAAGAAUUUUUUUCUUAAAAAGUCCAACAAUCCUUUUCUAUAUCUGGUUAAUUGUACUUCUUUUUUUCUUCCCUAACAUAUUUCUCUAGUAUUAUAAAGCUGCCUUUCGCUUUGUCGCUUACCACAAAGCCUCUUUAAGAUUUCUUUAAAAUUAUAUUUAUCCUAAGCAUGAUAACCUUACGUGUAGGUUUGAACCUCAUCAUGGUCAGAGCAAGGUUGAAAUAUGUGUACAAGAUUAAACAGAAACAUUACAAAAUAAGGAUAUCUAUUUCUCUACUGCUUACCAAUCACAGACCCUCUGAUCCCAAGGGUAUUAAAAUAUCCAGUAAUAUUAACAGUUAAAUUGCCAAAAUCAUUUGGAAAUUUUACAUGAAAUACUUUGAGAUUUACUAGUGCACAUAUUCAUUAAUUAAAACUUUAAUAAUCAUACAUAAGAAUUUAUAGAAAGAAAGUAACUUCUAUAAAUCACAGCCGUCAGGAAUAAUCUUCGAUAACUAAAAUAUGCAUAUUCAUUCAUGUACCUGCAUUAUUUUAAGUGUCCUAAUCUAUACUACUGAGGGGCUUUUGGAUUUUGAAAAUCAGACAGUUGAAGAAACCAUUUUCAUUUUAUUUUCUGGGUGGUCGUUUCCAGCCUAUAGUCAACUCAUUAUCUCAUAGUAUAAGCCAGAUUUGGGAAAAAUGUAAAAACAAUGCACAAUCAAAAGAGAUUAGGUAUGUAAAUCAUAGAAAAGCAAUCAGAAACUGAAAAGCUCUUGGCUUAAGAAGAAUAAUAAAUACAGCACUUUUGCACUGAGUUGUCUUAUAACUGUUGAUAAAUAAAUUAUGCAUGUUGUAAUAAAAAAAGAUUUAUCUUAUUUAACACUGUAUUACUCUUUAAAAUCUAUCCAAUUAUCACCUGAAUAAAACCUUCCAGCUACAGGUUGAAGGCCUAUCUCAGUCCAUGAAUGCAAAACAAACUGGAAUCCAAUCCUUGAACAGCAAAGUCUUUACAGAUCUUCUAAACUAAAGAAAUGGAGAAAAAUGAAUUAUAUUAUCUAUCUCCCAACCUCUUCCUAAAAAAUCCAUUUUUAUAACUUUCCUUACCAAGUUCUAUUCUGUAAGGCAGUUAAGUCUCUUACCUCAAAAUUUUCAUCAGUACUAUGUCUUUUUCUAUUCCUUUGUUAAAUUUUCUAAUAUUUCCCUUCUCAGCCCCGUUUUUCUCUCUACUCCACCAUCUCAUCUCUUUUCCUUUCUUAGCUUCUACCAUCCCACUAUUUAUCUCUAUCAGCAAAAGAAAGGUAGUGCAGCAAAUCUAAAAAGAUCUUGCAGAUUUCCUUAUGAGAGGCUGAGGGUGGAGGCAAGAAAUGUUGCAAAAGUCAUUCCUUUAAUACUUUGGGUCCUGCCACAUAAAUGAGAGCAUUUGCAUUCACAGAAGGUAUAAGUUCUGGCUUGCAUUACCUGGAAGUUAAGUGCUUUGGAAAGUAAUUUCAAAAUGGAUGAUGAUGGUAAUCCUUUUAUGUAGCCUUAGCUAAGGAAAUUUACUAUUGAAAGAAAUUUGUAUUUUAAGAAUCAAAAACUGUUAUUUUAAGUUUAAUAUAAAAAAUUGUAUUUUAAGAAUCAACUCACAGGUGGUGUACAUCUCUCUAUAACAAGGAGAUUAGAAGCAGAUGUAUCACAUCCUUUAAUAUGAUCACCUUAAUUUUUCUGAGCUCAAAUUCGGCUACGUAAAUUCCACUAUGUAGAAGAGACUCAUGUUACUCAAUGUUCAAUCCAAAAAUAUUUUAAUCUUUUUAUAUUAAGACUCCAAAGAUAGGGGAGUAAACCAGGUAAAAUUGAUGAUACUCUUCCAUUACGACAGCAAGCACUGAAGCCACCUACAUUUGGUUUCUAUGAUCAACACUUUCAACAAAUUUUCAAUCUUUAUAAUGCUCAAUAAAGUCAGUGUAAACUUCAUUUGGUUCAAUUUAACAAAUAUCUAUGAGGUAUCACCUAUGCAUAAAUUUUACGGCAAACAUGACUUUGGCUGUACUAUCCUUACCUACUCUUAAGCUUCAAAGUUAGAGUUUAUUUGCAAUUUUUGCUGUGAUUGCCAUGUUGCUUAGUAACAUUGCAUUGUCACUCUAACAAAAACACAUUUAGUAAAUAAAAGCUUGUCCAGUGUGGACUGGAUUUGCAAUCCCUAUGGAAAGAAGUAUUUUGGACGUCAGAGUCUCACAGCAUGCUCCACACCUCCUCUGGCAGAGGGUUGCAUACUCACUGGAUUCUCUAAACGAUCUCCCUUGUUAACAGUUGAGUCACAGAUUUUUACUGCCCAGUGGCACACUUUCUACUUCAUGAGUAGACUCACUACCUCAAAGGGGCCUCCAAUUAGAAAAUAUCAGCCAUUUUCAAAACAAUUCUGGAGUAAUCUCUUGCCCAAGCCAAUUCACUGUUCUUAGUUAAUGUAAUAGUAAGUAUGAACCUCCAGUGGUUCAUAAAAUUCUUUCAAACAUGAUAUAUUCAACAGGAAAAAUAGAUGAUUACUAGGUAAAAUAAAGGAAAGGAAAAAUUUUAUUUUGCAGAAAUACCUCUUCUUUCUCUUACUGUUCCCUUAGAAAGAACAAGUAUUAGGCAGGUAUUUCAAACAUUCCUUAGGACAAAAAGGUAUUUUUUAUGAUAUUAAGGAGAUAUGACAUGAUACACAUGUCUUUGAAAAAAGGUCAGAAGAUCUAGAAGCAGAUAAGAUACAGGUCAUCCAAAUUUAGUUUUAUCUAAGCAUCUUUCUUCUGACCAAUAAUUAGAUUUGAACUUCAAAUUAAUAAUGGAUUUCUAUAAAAUGUACAAAAUAUUAAGAUAUUUACAUCUUAAUUGAAAACCUUCUGCUCUUCUAAUUCAAAAGAGAUUUUGGUUGGCAUUGGCUUUUUUAGAAUUUUACAAUAGUUCUGAAAGUCUACCUUAACUUACCAGUGUUGAUUCACAAUUAUUGUAUACAAAAAUGAAACAAAAAGCUAAAAGGAAACUUUUCAGUUACUAAGGGUAGCAAAGCACUAAUAAAAGAAUAAACUUAAUCUGUUAAAAAGAAUCUGGAAAAUAUAAAGUUUUGUGUAUCUCUUGAUGAAACCAAGUCAUCCCCAUUUUAUUAAAUUGUUGUGAUUGGCCAUUGAAAGUCAAGUUUCUUUCUGAACAAAACAAAGGAAGAUUCUGGUUUGAAUUUCCACACUGGUUAAUCACAGUACCAAACCUCUAUAUCAUUAAGAGAAGUUUUGAUUUGUUUCAUUUAAAGGGAAAAAUCCUGAAGAUGACUCCCUCUAACUUUAAACAUACCUAUUCAUCUUUGAGAAUAACAAAGGCGUUAAAGAAAAAUUACCAGACAGAUGAGGAUGAAAGACAGCUCUUUAAUGUAAAAUGAAGAUGUAGCUUCUACUUUUAGAAAAUAAAAUACAGAAUAACAACACAAUUUCCUGGGAGUUGUAAAUCAGAAAAAUUUCAGAAUUAGUAAAAAAAUAAAUAUAUCUCAAAUAAAAUUCUGUACUGUAACUUCAUUAUUUGUAACCUCUGGCUGUUUUUGUCAUAAAAUAAACUCACUUUGGGUUAAUAAUAAGUUA